GUAGACAUCUGAUGUCACUUUUACUGAUCAGUUUUAAAAAUGUACACAACUCACUGCUGAGUGAUCACAUUUCUGUUAUUUGUUUGGUUUAAUUGAUAUUAUCUCCACCUUAAUCCCAGUGUGUAGUUUGUGUGAACUGUUCCUUUAAUCCCACAUCGAGAAUUUCCGUGUGCUAGAAGCGGAACCUAUCCCCAGGAACCAAAAUAAAAAGAUGUCCCGUUACACUCAAUCGAACCCUGGCAGCUACGCUCAGACCUAUAAGUUGGUUGUAGUAGGAGGAGGAGGUGUUGGAAAAUCAGCAAUUACUAUACAGUUUAUACAGAGCUAUUUUGUUACUGAUUAUGAUCCAACUAUUGAGGAUUCGUACACAAAGCAAUGCGUUAUCGAUGAUGUCCCGGCAAAACUGGACAUUUUGGACACUGCAGGACAGGAAGAAUUCAGUGCCAUGAGGGAGCAGUACAUGCGGUCGGGCGAGGGUUUCCUACUGGUAUUUGCAGUAACGGACCAUGCCAGCUUCGACGAGAUGUACAAAUUCCACAAGCAAAUUCUGCGUGUUAAGGAUCGUGAUGAAUUCCCCAUGCUAAUGGUUGGCAACAAGUCGGAUUUAGAUCAUCAGCGAGUUGUGUCAUUGGAGGAAGCCCAGCAACUUAGCAGGCAGCUAAAAAUUCCCUACAUCGAAUGCAGUGCAAAGCUCAGAAUCAAUGUGGACCAGGCCUUCCAUGAGCUGGUGCGAGUUGUACGCAAAUUUCAACUCUCCGAGAGACCUCUUAUCGACGAGAAGGGCAAGCGAAAAGGCGGGAAGAAAAAAUGUUGCAUUCUGUAAAGUAUGAAUGAUUGAAAUUUUGAACGCACAAUUUAACAAGUUUUCGAAAGCACACGGUUAGCGUCAAUGUGCAUGAGUCAAUAGUGUGCUGAUGAACGAUUAUAUGAAUGCAAUGUACCCUCGAGUGUAAGAGGAUGCAUCGAUUACUGCCGUACUAUUCAAUUUUGUUGGAUCGUUGCAAAUGUGUUUGGACAAUACAAACUGUGGCACAUCAACCACGAAAUUAUUAUCCCUUUAAUUACGAAUUAUUUACAGAAUCGGAAAUAUCAAUCCCAACGUGUGCCAUAUGUUUGCAAUUAGUUGUUUAUGACUAUAACGAAAACUAGAAACACUUAUACGAACGUGCCUAAUUGAUAUUCAAUAUCAUCGGUUUUACUAAACGGCAUAUCUAACUCUGCCCAGGAAAGGAACGAAAACACAUCAAGUGUAGUUGAUCGUGAAGCAUUUUAAACAUUGUUUUGUUCAUUUCGUACUUGAACCUCAAUGGUAUCAACUAAUUUUACUAACUCCUCUGCAACAAAUAGACAAAUUCUUAGCGUGUCUCCGAGAUUUCAGGACAAGUGUUGACACUUAUCGAAAAAAAAAUAUAUCAUUAUUACAUAUUUUAAAGAAAGCGAAACGAGUAUAUUUACUACUACUUAUGUGUAAUAAGACUUAUACUGUAUAGGUAGCUGGACGUUGCAUUGCGCUUUAUCAACGAGAGAAAAGUGUUACUAAAUAACAGAUAUUUAUACAUGUUUACACACUAAAGAAUCACGCAAAAUAGAACAAUUGCGAACAGGUAAACUUUACACAGUCAAAGGUAGCAAAAAAAAGCAUAAAUCCCAUUGUAAAAGUGCUAUUCAUUGAUUACCUAACGUUGAAAUAAUUACUUUCCGGUUUCCUUCGUCUCCCGCAAUUUAAAGUCAAACAACGUUACGUAGUUCAUGAACGGCGUCAAAUAUAAUGUUUAAGGGUUGAACGCAAUGUAAUAUCAAUAUUAACCAAAAUAACUAGCUUUAAAUGUGCUUAAAAGUUAUUCGAAACAGAUAUCGCAAACAAAGAAAAAACAGCAUAACGCAUACAAAAAGUUCGGAAAAGGUGCUAAAUUAAGCCGAUUUAUUUAUUUCAAUUCGAGUUGAAGAAAGUUUUAAUCUGGCAUAUCGCAUAUUGGUUUUGCUGCAAAAUAUUUAUAGAAAUAUAUGUAUUGACCAACUA